UGUUGCAAUUAUUGCUAUUACCAUAUUGCUAUAAGUGUAAUCAGUAAGCUUUAUAAGAUAAUACCUUUAUAGUCCUACUAUGGAGACAUUUGUUUUGUUACAGCAGCAAAUGGAUAAAACAAAUAAGAAGCACCAGUAAAAUGCAUUGUAAACAUAGACAAAUCGAAAAAAUAGCAAUAACGUUACACUGUAUAUCCUAUCUACAGUGUAAAUAUGGAGUAGACAGGGCUGCACACGGAAGAUAUUAGUAUUGCAUAGACACAAGUCUAUGUGUGUGUGUGUGUGUGUGUGUGUGUGUGUGUGUGUGUGUGUGUUUAUGAACCCAGUCACCCUGACAGACACAGGAUGAAACAUCAUGGCACAUGAAGUUUCUGCUAUAAACAUCAUCUUGUGACACUCUAACAAUGCCCCCCUCAGCUGUGCCCUUUGCCCUUUUACAUGCGAUAGUAGAGCUGCCCUUUGUGUGCCUGCAGAGCACCCAAUCGGUUUUUAUAGGGAAAUAAAAUAUCUCUUUGAAAUUCCUGACAUAUGACAUUUAGGGGAGCAUGGAUCAUGAAAGCUGUGCUGAAAAAUGACCCCAAAAAAAUAUUUUGUGAAAUAUGAAAAAAAAAACGUCCAUUUUGAUAAACAAAAACUAACAAAGGCCUGUUUUCACUCACCAAUCAUCGACAAGAAGAAACUGGAAGCGGUGAAAAUAUGAAGCACGAGGAGGGCACGAACCUGCAAAGAUGACAGGGGCAACAGCUCCCUCCGCCGACCGCCGGUGGUAUUACACCCGAGUGUUUAAUUCAUUCGGUGCAGUUCUAAAGAGCAGAGUUUGCAACAUUUUUUAAAUCCCGCUCGCCCAAUUAUAGAGUUAGUGGUCCAUAAUAAAAUUGUAAUGUUGGAUAUGUCUGCCAGUUUUCAUUUAUAUGGGUCAAUUCAUAACAAGUUUAAUUUAAAUAGAAGUUGUCAUGAAGAAAUGUAUUUCUUGCUGCUACUGUACGUUUUUGCAGGUCAGAUGAGCUGUCCUCUGCCAGUGGUCAGCUCCUCUUGGUGGGAGUGACUAUGUAAAUCUGCUUCAAAGGGAAACAGAGAAAGAGUUUGGGGCUCACUCAUCUGAUUGGGCGCCUUUGUUCUUUCAAAUCUCCAGCCUUUAUUGGCACCAGCAGGCCCUUGGGGGAGAAGGCAUCUUUUACAGUAACAACUGCACUCCUGCAUGGACCUGCUUGGAUAAUGGAGAGGAAAGAUGGCACAGGCCUCUCAGAGACAUGAAAAACCAAACAGGCCGCGGGAAGAGCUGAGCUGCAUGCUGGUUGGUGAUGGAGCGGUGGGAAAGACCAGCAUGAUUAUCAGCUACAUCUUCAAUGGAUACAACAGCGAGUACAGGCAAACUGCUUUUGAUGUUUUUACUGGUGUGGUUCAUGUGAAUGGCACCCCAACUCGUAUCAAACUGAUAGAUACAGCCGGACAGGAGGAGUUUGGCCAUCUGCGUUCUCUGUGCUAUGCCCAUGUGGACGUGUUCGUCCUCUGCUUCAGCCUGGUCAACCCCGUCUCCUUCGAAAACAUCGCCUCCAAAUGGAUCCCACAGAUCCGCGCGGGCAACCCGUCCUCUCCCAUUGUCCUGGUUGGAACUCAGUCGGACCUUAGCCACAAUGUGGAGGUCCUUGUCCAUCUGGACCAGCUGGGCACCCGACCCGUGCACUUCAGCAGGGCCAGGAGGCUGGCACACAGGAUCAGAGCUCAUGACUAUGUGGAGUGUUCGGCUCUGACGCAACACAACCUCAAACAUGUGUUUGACUGUGCUGUAUCUGCCGCCAUUAAGCACAAGCACACGGGCACUGAAUGUAAAAAGCUCAGCCUACGUAAACGCUUAAAGACUUUUUGUGUUGGUGGAUGGAGGAAAAUCUUCAGAUACAUGUGAUUUGGGAUCAAAGAGUGGAUCCAAUGUUCUCUGCUUGUUUUCAGACUUGAUGACAAGCCAUGCAUUUUUAUUGAAAUAUUGUGUGCACUAUUAGAACAGGACCUAAACGCUGUGUUGAUACCCAGGCUUAAGGUCCUGUAAGAAAGGCGAUAAUCAGUUUAGGGGGUUACAUAAUAUGCUCUUCUGUCGUCGUCUCUUCAUGUUUUCUUGCUGUUGUUCAUAUUUUCGUGUGAGUGUGUGAGUUAAAGUUUUGUAAUAAAUGCACUACAGUGUCA